UUAAAUCCAACCAUUGUUUACACUAUGCCGACUAUUAAUGCCUGGUCCUGGAAGCAUUUAAGAAUUGUUUUUAUUUUACUUUCUCUGAUUCUGUCUCUAAAUAUUUUACUGAGUUUUUGUUACCCGCGGACUUCAUACAACAUAGAAUCGCUGAAGAAAGCAGAUUUUUACAGGCCAAUUUUCCAAGAAUAUCUGGAUACAUUUCCGACGCUACAUCAAAUACAGAAAAAAGAGACCAACAAACUAGAGGCUAUUUAUGAUCAUUGCGAGAAAUUAUGGAAUGGACAAGCAACAGAUAUUCAGAUCAACAGCUCUAUUAACAGAAAAGGUCACGCGUUGGAGUACCUCCCGAGAAAUAUGUUGGAUAAUUGUGACGAUUACUUUACUAGAAGGUUACAUUUUUACAACACGGAACCAGUUACCGAGUUUGAAGAGAACUUUCCCAUUGCGUUUAGUUUGCUAGUUUACCACGAGUUCGAUCAGCUUGAACAGAUGUUGUUGGCGCUUUACAGGAGACAAAACUUUUAUUGCAUCCACGUAGACAACUCCUCUAGCGAACAGUUCAAAAGCUUGGUUUCUAAACUCGCCAAGUGUUUUCCCGAGAACGUCAUCAUUCCGCGUCACCCGACCGACAUCGUGUACGCUUCCGCUUCUCAGGUGAGGGGGGAACUGAACUGCAUGAUAGAGCUGUUGGCCUUCUCUGACAAGUGGAAAUAUCUGAUCAAUCUGACAGGGGAGGAGUUGCCCCUGAUGACUAACCUGGAACUGGUCACGGUGCUCAACAAAAUGAAGGGAUCCAGUCUCGUAGAUGGUCCCUUGUCCCUAGACGAACACAAUCGCUACCCCGAAUCAAAGCUUCCCUUCGGCUUGAAAAAAUUCAAGAGUCAAACUCACGUGGUGUAUCCUUACGACGCAGUUAUGUUCCUCAAGGAGAACCAGAACUUGACAGAUACCCUUCUGCAAUUCUUGGAACCCUACAAGUACCCCGAGGAGUCCUUCUUCGCCCUGCUGCAGUUCAAUCAUCAUAUUCAGUUCCCAGGGGGUCUUAAGAAGGAGUGGAGUGAGACGAAGCUUCCUGUGCUCACUUACGAGACAGAAUCCAACAGUUAUUUCUUGCGAUAUAAAAACUGGGCUUUCCAGAAAAACUACAAGUGUCUUAGUAAGAAGAAACAGCGCAACCUAUGCAUGAUUGGAGUCCGGACUCUUCCCGAAUUGGUGAACGAGUUCUAUGGGAGACAAAUGUUUAUCAACAAGUUCCCGUGGAGUUUCGAACCCUUUGCCUGGGACUGUAUACUCUCGUGGAACUACCGGAAAGUUCAAACCGAGUACAAAACAAAGAAACCAGCGCUGCUACAUUAUUCGUUCUUGGACAACCCACAAUUAAAAUUCACCAGGAAAUACGACGAUAAGUGAAUUGAAACACAGCGAAAAUACUGUAAACAAAUAUAUGAGUAAGUUAAAAAUAUUAAUUCAA